GGACAGUUGGAGGGCAGUGGAAGAGUGAGAGAGAAUAUCCGGUGUGCCCGGAAUCCCAAUUGGGUUUGGAUAUAUUUAAUUUGGGGGGAUACGACAUCGGCGGAGAGAGAAGAAGGGGGUGGUCCUCCAAAAAUGGCGUUCUGCGCUGCACUCGGAGCCAUCCUUCCACAUCCUAAUCACUCCCAAAACUAUGUCGUUUCGAAUUCCCUCUCCGUUUCCUCCUCUUCCUCCUCCAUUUACGUUCCCAAUCUCAAUUCCAUUUCAAUUCUCAAACGCCCUCCUCUUCUUCUCUCCACCCAAUCUUCUUCUUCUUCUUCUUCUUCCUUGUCUGGUUUAUCUCUCCCUCACGUUGAAACCCUUAUCCCCAAUCGGUGUAACAAUAACAAGCCAUUGCCUAAAGCUCCCAAGUUCAUGGUUACGGGGUGUGUAAAGGCUGAGCCUUUGAGGAUAAUGAUAUCCGGGGCUCCAGCUUCUGGCAAGGGAACCCAGUGUCAGCUCAUCACUCAGAAAUAUGAUUUAGUACAUAUAGCUGCUGGAGAUUUACUUAGGGCGGAAGUUGCAGCUGGCAGUGAAAAUGGGAGACAGGCAAGGGAAUAUAUGGAGAAAGGACAAUUGGUCCCAAAUGAGAUUGUUGUCAUGAUGGUGAAAGAGCGCCUAUUGCAGCCAGAUUCUCAAGAAAAAGGUUGGCUUUUGGAUGGAUAUCCUAGGAGCUUAUCACAAGCAAAUGCUCUUAAGGGAUUUGGAUUUGAGCCAGAUCUUUUCAUUCUUUUAGAAGUUAGUGAAGAGAUUCUUGUUGAGAGAGUUGUUGGACGUAGGUUAGAUCCUGUUACUGGAAAAAUAUACCACCUAAAGUAUUCUCCUCCAGAGACUGAAGAAAUCGCUUCAAGGCUCACACAACGCUUUGAUGACACAGAAGAAAAGGUGAAGUUGCGAUUACGCACACAUCAUCAAAAUGUGGAGGCAGUGCUUUCCUUGUAUGAAGACAAAACAGUAAAGAUCAAUGGAAAUGUUUGCAAAGAGGAUGUGUUUGUCCAAAUUGAUGUUGUGCUGACAAAACUUCUUGAGCAAAGGAAGGAAGCUUCAGAAUCUGUGGCAGCAUAGAAGAACUUACCAGAAGAAUGGUUAAAACCCCAUUUAACCGUCUCCAAAAAUGGCAGGGGUGAAUGAUUAUGUGCAAUGCAAUCAUUUUUUGGUGUAUCUUCGAAGUUCUUCUGAAGUAGCUAGAGAAGAAGAGUGUUCCCAUAAAUGUAUGAUUUUUCUUUGGCAAGCCAAAGAAAUUGUUUUUUAGAGUUACAUAACCCACAAAAUGAUCCAUUCAUGUAAUGUACAUAAAUUUGUAUGCAAAUUGCUUGUCAAAAUAAUAAUAAUAAUAAUAA